AACUCUUGAUCAGAGCUUUAUUCCGAUUAAGCUUCGUUGUCUAUUCUCAUUAGUACAUUGCGAUGAGUUCCAUCGGAAAAUCCACGUUUGCAAGUGAUUCCAACUCGGAGAAACCAAAAGGCGUUGAGGCUGACUCCUUACCCGGACCGAUCAAGCCCAUCGGUGCACCCUAUGUCUCUUCCGGCCUCACGAUCGGCGAUCCCCACUCGAAGACAGCCAAAGGCCAGACGUCGGUCUCCUCCGGUCUGACUAAACCCAUCGGCAAGAACCUCAAUGGUACGAUCAUUCACACCACGAAGACCGGUGUCUCUUCAGGCGUCAGAGGCAAAGCUGCUGUCUCCUCUGGCGUCAAGGGAAAAGCCAUUGUCUCCGAUGUUGGGGAAGUGAUGGCUUUCAAAGAUGUGAAAUUCGGACCUAAUCAAGGCGAGUUGAGGUUUCGGUUGAUCCAUUUUUGGGAAGCUAGAAAUGUUCUGACGAAGGUGAUUAUUGGUCUCGAGAUGCUUCUCAUCGACCAAGAGGAAACUGUUAUCCAGGGCUUCAUUCCAGCUGGGAGGAUAGAGACUUAUUUGCCACACAUGGAAGCUGGUGGCAUUUACAGGCUCAACAGUUUUUACGGGUCUAAGAACAAGACUUUGUAUCGGGUAGCCGACCCAAGUGUCACCAUCACCUUCUCAUCGACUUCUGUCCUCUCUGAUCUAGAGGACAGUUUGGUUUGUAUCCCUGAGGACCGUUUCCGGUUCCGUGGAUAUGAGGAGUUCGAUGCUGCUUGCGACUUGAAAGGGGAUCUUUAUGAUUAUGUUGGCCACAUCAAACUUGUGAAUGGGCAGGUUCUUAGUGACAGUAUCGUGAUAGAUGAUGCUGAGAUAGCUUCAUCCCGCCGAGUUCUGCUUCAUGUUCAAACUCAUGAUGGUCCGGUGAUGAAGUUGUACCUAUGGGAUAAGGCUGCUUUUGACUUUAGUGGAAAAAUUAAAGCAUCUGGAGGAACUGCACGUGUUAUUUUGGUCACCACCUUAAACCCGAAACGAUUUGGAGGUGCCCUAACUCUCUCCACUAUGACAUCAUCACGUGUAUUUUUGGACAGUGAUGUCCAAGCAACCCGUGAUUAUCUCACUUGGUUGAACUCGAACUUAGCUGUUGCUAACAGAGUUGAUGCAGACGUUGUCACUAAGACUGAGACAGUGACUAUAGGCGAGCUCUUUUCCUUUAUGAAGCAAGAAGCUGCCAAGGUUGCUUGGUUCGAGUGCAUAGCAACCAUUGGUGAUGUUGCGCAUGGUUCAGCAUGGUAUUACAUAGGCUGUGGUGUGUGCCAUACUAAGGCAACCAAAGGGCCUACCACCCUUAUGUGUAAAAAAUGUGGGAAAAGCGAUAUUGUUGGUGUUGCACAGUACUUAGCCAGGAUCUCUGUCUACGAUAAUGAUGAUCAUGCGUCUUUUGUUCUCCUUGGUGAUGCUGGUCAUGAGUUGACUGGAAAGAAAGCUUCUGAAUUGGUUGAGAGUUAUUUCGAGGCCAAUGAGGAUGUAGGAGAUGAUCAUUUGGUCCCGGUGCCUCAAGCUCUGAUCGAUUCCAUAGGACAGACUCACAAAUUCAUUGUGAAGGUAUCAAAUCACAAUUUGACCGGCAAGACCCAGUCUUUGACUGUGACAAAGGUGCUCACUCCAGAAGUUCUAGAACUUGAAGGCAAUUUAGUAGGAAAUGUGAUUUUACCAGAUGCCCAUGAACCUUUGCAGAAGGGAGUUGCUGAGGAUGGUCCUUCCACACGUUUUGAAGAAUCUGAUGGUCAGGGGGUGAAAAGAACUGCUGAUAAUGUUGAGGCAGAAGAUCCCAAGCGAGCCAAAUGUGGCUAAGGUGUGUUAAGUGGUGGUUUUAUGGUUACUGAAACUCUAUGCUUUGUUUUUUUUUUUCCAAUUUCAGACUUUAUCUUUGCAUCAUUGACUAUCUUUCUUAUGAUCUGUGUUGGCUAUACUAUGUACAAUGAUCUCUUUUUUUGAGUUCAAUGUUUGAUCAUUUUAGUUUCAUUAGAGCUGAUGCUUUACGAGUUUUAGAUGAGAUUUGUGGCUUUUGUCUUUUCCAAGCCAAAGGAUGUCUAAGCCGCGGUAGGAUAUGGUAUAGUGUGUUGCUCAUAGCUUAUAGGGUUGAGCCAUAUAGUCAUCUUGCGAUCUAGCUUCUGAACUAUAGAAUAGCGACAUUACAAGUAGAGACUCGGAAAAUUAGAGUUUAAAAAUAAAAAGUCAUUCUUGCGAUCUAAGGGAUUCAUAGUGGAAACUUGCUUCUUCAGUUCACUUUGUACUUUUGUUUAAUAGUAUAUCACAUGAGUUCAAUGUUUUUGACUCUAUGACAAAUAAGAUACAAAAAAGAGUGUGUAUAUGUAUCAGAACUUGGGAAAUCAUUCAAAACUAUUAUGUAUUUAUAAAGGUGAAAAUGAGAAGGCUAACUCCCAAGCAGAUGACCAGAUCCAAUAUUUGUAUAAGCUGUUGAGGAAAUUGAGUUAUAUACAUUAUAAAGAUCAAUCAAACCCAAUUAAGUUAGGAACAGAAAAAGGAAAUUAAAAAAUAAGGAAAAAUGAAAAAAGAUAUUGCAGUGAAAUCUAUUUUGAUCUCAAAUAUUAAAAUUAAAAAUACAAUUUUCUUACUAUCAUAUUAAAAAUUAAUAUUAUAGGAAAAAAAUCCGGGCGUAGCCCGGAAAACCCCCUAGUAUUUUAUUAAUGUCUGAAAACUCUAACACAUGGAUUAUUUUGAAACGAAUAAAGAAUUUUAUUAUUAGUUUCCCAAUUUGUGAUAUAUAUAUAUGCCGGCCUAACUAGAAGCUACUCAUUGUAACAAGGACAGAGAAAUACACAUGAAAGCGGCAAACAAAGCGGAGACUGCGAACAAACCCUUCCUUCUCUCUACGCUGGCGUUGGUGGCCUCUGCACCUUCGCCGGUGGCUCCCCUCUAACCCUUUCCUCUUUUAUAUUUGCUCCUCCUUCAACCCUUCGUCCUAUAGCCAUUUUGUCGAAACCCUAGAGCGCCGUCGGAGUUUAGGGCCUUCGAUCUGGAGAUCCAGUGACAGAUCGGAAGGAUGGUGGUCGUCUCCGGUGUCUAGACGUGGUUGUGGUGUCAAGGGAAGAGGUGGAGUCGGUUUUUCGAGUUGUUGGAUCUGGCGGACAAUUUUCAGAUCUGUUUCCGUUCCGCCGGUGGAUGGUCAUUGAAGUGAGUCUCCUGUCGCGGUUCUGGUCUCUGGCUCCGUGGCGAUGUGAGGAAGUCGUUGUCUUUGUUCUUCGGUAGCCUUAAUAUCUCGGCUUCGGAGUCGUUUUUCAACUCUUCUCAAGAUGAGUCUCGAUGGCUUCGGUCUUCAGGACAGUGGGUGUCUCAAGCAUGUCUUGUCGUAGUGGCGGGUGUAUCAAGCCCGUGUUUUGCAUCUCUGGUCAAUAAUUAGAGUGUUGAAAGGACUCUUGUAUCUUUGUGUUUGUGAGUCUUAAUCGGUAUGGAAAAGGUAGUAAGCGUUUUGAUAGUUGUGACUUAGCAGUCUCUCUUUUAGGGGUAAUGUGUCCAUUGGUUGCUUGGCAUUUGGUUCUUCUCCCGUGAGUGUUCAUGGAGACGUUCGGUUGGCAAGGCUUCAUCGUCUUGGUGUUUGGGUGGGCUUCUUUCUGAGAUCGUAAAGUGUUUAUGUAUCCAAGGCGUGUGGAUCGAUUAGCGUGUUCUCCUUGUCGAGUUUUGAAGUCUCUGGGUCUUGAUCUUAUCGUUUGGUGGGCGAGGCAGCAGCGAUAAGUGUGGUUUGGAUGCAGAAGUGGAAGGUACCGGGUGGCGGGCUAUAAGCAGCAACGGUAACUCCUGAUCAUUGGCAUUUUCUCUUUUCGAAAGACUGCUAGGUGUUAUGAUGUGUUACGCAUAUAUGUUAAAUGUUCCUGGUUCUACUGUCAAUCUAGUUUUAUGUUUUUUGGUAAGUCAUCCCUGUGUGGGUUCGAGUCGCCCCAAUAUGGAUUCUAGUUGUCGUUUUCUAUGGGCUCUUGGUUCUGAGGUUAUUUAGUUUGGCCGCCGGCUUUUGUAUGAAUACUGGUAUUUUGUGAAUGAAUGAAUUUCAAUUUGGGAAGAAAAAAACUAGAAGCUACUCAAAAUAUGUGUUUGGGGCUAAAAUUGUUUUAAUAAUUUAAGGGGUAAAUAGUUAGUAAAAAUGCCUAUGACUCUAUUGGUAAUUGUCUUUGUGUGCAUAAUGAAGAUCACAAAUUCAAAUCCGUUUUUGAAUUUUUUUUCAAAAGCUAAUAUUAAUGAGCCAAUACAUUUGAUAUCUUUGAGGGUCUAAAAUAUUAAGGUCUGGCCCUGUAUAUAUAUUAUUAUAAAAUAAUUUCAACUAUUCGAAUAUAUUUAGCAUAUAAAUUAUGUGGAUCGAAAUAUAAAUACAAAUAUAAUAUUUUAGUAAUUUAUAGUUCAAACUUCAAAGUUCUUAACAUUUUCUUUAUCUGACAUUGCAUCUAGCUGUUUAAAUAAAUAUAUUGUUGAUGUAUGUAUUAAUUAACUCAUCUACAAAAAAAAAUUAACUCAUCUACUGAUGAUUAUUAAAUUAAGUUUAUUUUACAUCUUCAGGAAAAAAAAAUUCUAUUUACACUUGCUACGAAAUUUCAAUGAUUGCGAAGCUGAGUAGGUGUAACGCUACUGAAAGCAAGUCCUGCGCGUUUCGUGGCUGCGCGGUUACUCGCUCAACGCUAUGAUAUUCCCUUCCACUCGUGCGCUAACUUGAACCACACGGUGCCGUGUCCGAAUUAUCCAGAACUGGGUCAUUGGUGAUUACUUGGCGGCGUUUGUUAACGGCCAACAAUUCGUUGCUUUCGGAGAAGAAAAAGGGAAAAAAUCAAAUGUGGCUUAAAAAGUCAUCUUCUAAAUUGUUAAAACUGCAUAUUAAUGUUGAUUCUAAAGGAAACAAACUGUGUGUAUGAUUAUUAUUAACGCGCUAUACAAACUACUCCCUCCGUUUUUUAAUAUAAGUCGUUUUAGAGAAAUUUUUUUGUUCCAAAUUAUAUGUCGUUUUCGGUUUUCUAUGUAAAAUUUAUUAAUAAUUAAUGCUGUCUAACCAAUGAUAAUAUAUCUUCUAUUUUUCUAUUGGUUGAAAUGUGAUUAGGUAAAUAAUUAAUGAUGUUUUUAUUUAGAAAAUAUAAAAAAUUAAUGAUUUUCUUAAUCUAUGUGCAUAGCUGUAAAACGACUUAUAUUAAAAAACGGAGGGAGUAUUAAGUUAGUACGGCAUGAAGUUGUAAUGAAGUUAAUCUUUCAAUCAUAUAACAAAAUAACUCAAUAAAUUAAAAAUAUCAAGUAAGUUAUUAAAAGUAAAAUAUUGAGGAACUUCUUGAAAUAUAACAGAACUUCUUUGAUAUUUCUCUGGGUUUGGUUGAGUGAUUCCAAAGAAAAUUUAAAAUUUAUUGAGUUAUUUAGUUAUAUUUUCUUGACAAAAAAAAUUUAUCCGUGAAGUUGUCGCAAAAGCAAGAUUUUAUUAAUUGAGACACGAUUAUUAGUGAGCAAGACAUGCCUUGAGGGGUACAUAUAACAAAAAGGGUUACUGAAAAUGAUUGAUUCCAUCAAACCAUCAUAGAGUUAGGAACCUUCGAUGGUUGAGGCAAAAUUUUCUUUUGUGAUUUUGAUCAUAUAGUUGUUAAAUCUUACAAAACUAAAAUUAGAGAAUGAU